CUGGGUUUAGAAACUCUGUGAUUUGGUCUAUAAAACAGGGUGUCACUCCCGGUCUACAUCUUGGUAGAGAUACAUCCCGACCUAUGGGCUCUACUUGGCUUCUAUUUUGUACAUCUACUUGUGAUUUCUGUCUGGUUGACAUCCAUCGGAAAGCUUCGUUGAUUUAAGAAAUAAGAGCACCAAUCGUUAGGGCUCCAGAGUCCUCUUCCUGUUCAGAAAGAACAACAAGACUGGAGAACAAAGAUAACACUGAGUCAUGUCUGACUCGGAGACCAUCGAGCUAGCCGCUCUGGGCCGACCCUUCCAGCUGGGGAUGCUGUAUGACUGUCGUAGAGAUGUCCUCAUUCCAGGUAUCACUCUCUGGGAUUCUGAGAUGCUGCAGAAACGCAUCAAUGUCCGUCCACAACCGAACACUGACUUCAAAAUCAUUGCUUCAGACUCAAGUGAAGCCAAGUCAGAAGCUUUGAAUGUGUCUGCAUCUCUUGAGGCCAGUUUCCUUGGUGGCUUAGUCAGUGUGAAGGGUUCUGCUGAAUUCCUACAUGACAAAAAGACCUCAAAGCAUCAGUCUAGGGUUUCUCUGCAGUACCGUACCACCACAUGCUUCGAGCAGUUGACCAUGGACCACCUGGGGGCAGGAAAUUUGAAAUACUCUAAUGUCUUACAAGAGGGCUCUGCAACCCAUGUGGUGACUGCCCUGCUGUUUGGAGCGCAGGCCUUUUUCGUUUUUGACCAAGAGGUUUCCUCAGGAGAGAACCACCAGGACAUCCAGGGAAACCUGCAGGCAACAAUAAAAAAGAUCCCUCAAAUGUCAAUAGAAGGGCAGGCAAAUUUGAAGAUGAGUGAGGAAGAGCAGAGAGAGACCAAUAAAUUCAACUGCACUUUCCAUGGUGAUUUGGCACUAGAAAACAACCCUGUCACAUUUGAAGAUGCCAUCAAGGUGUAUGUUGGCCUGCCAUGUCUGCUAGGGGAGAACGGAGAACAUGCUGUGCCCAUGACUGCCUGGCUCUAUCCUCUCAAGAAGCUGGACUCUGCAGCUACCCAGCUAGUCAGGCAGAUCAGUGUUAGCCUGGUGCGUCGCGCACAGCGAAUCAUGGACGGACUGGACAAUACUGAUAUACAAUGCCAGGACAUGAUGAAGGAUGACAUGGCUAUCAAGUUCCCUGAACUCAAAGCCAAGCUCAACAAGUUCAGGGACUUGUGCUCAGAGUACAAGCUGGUGUUCCAGAAAGGUCUCUGUAAGGUUCUUCCCAACAUAAGAGGAGGAGGAAUGGAGGAGGAAGAGCUGAUAAAAAUGCUCAACAGCAAAGAACGUUCUCCAUUCCAGAAUGACCUCAUGAUCACGUACCUGGACGACAAAGAGAGAGAGAUGAAUGUUGUCCGCUCUUACCUUGACAUAAUGAAAGAGGUACAAGUUGUGUAUUCCAGCAGUGAAUUGGAUGGAAUAGUGCUUGAUAAAGCUAAUGAUUAUGUAGUGUGUUUUGCAUUUUCCUAUUUGAAGGAGAAAGAAGAGUAUGUGGUAGACUUGGAGAACUACUUGCUGGAAGAAUCAAAAAGUGAUUUUUCACUGAUACCUUACAACCCCAACGCAGCUGGGAAGACUACAGCAGAAAAGUGGUUUCGCUCGGGGGAGGUAACGACCCUAACUAGGCAAACCAUAAAUAUGUUCCUAGACUUCAAAGAUUCAAACAAAGGCAGAGAAUAUCUUGCAUUCUGCAUUGCAUCAAUUCCAAACAAACACCUCACUGCUUCCUCCAUCCAUGUCUAUGAAAGAGGUACACUUUUGAGUCCACAGUUUGAGCUGCCAUCAAAGCCAGGUGUUCCCACCAUCAAGAGUCUGGAGCAUGACUGUGUCCACUUGCAAGUCAACCCUCCCAACCUUGGUGUUACCUCUGUGGAGUCGUACCAGGUUUUGUACCAGGCUGAGCAGGCUGACUCUGAGUGGACUGAGGUGAAAUCGGAUGCUACAACUAACCAGGUCACCAUCAGUCAUUUGGACCCUUACAAAAAGUAUCGCUUUAGCUGCAAGGCAGUGUGCAGACCUGGUGUGAGCCUCUCCAGUGACUGGACAGAAUAUUUCAGAACCCGCCCAUGUAGCCCUCCUGUACCACCCACAGAGAAGAGGAUAGAAUCGGGAAGUAUCAGAAUGAACUGGGACAUUCCUACCAUAGCGGGAGAUGAUGUUGAAGUCAUUGGUUAUGUGGUUGAAUACAGAAAGAAUGUAAAGGGUAUAGACAAUCAGAUGUGGCACACCAUCGAAACCACCACUAGAGAGAGUACACUGGAAGGACUUGAGGCUGACACUGCAUACAGCAUCAGAGUCUUUGCUAACUGUGGCGAAGCAGGGAAUAGUCUACCCAGUUCUGAGACUGUGCUGACUACCCUUAGGGUCUCUGAUCCCCAACCGAAGACAAGCAAAUCAACCAGAGCAAAAAGUGAGGAGUUCCUCACAAAAUCCCAGAAGGUGGAAAAGGGCAACCCCUCAAUCCACUGGCUGAAUCUGGAACCGGAGUUGUGUGUAAGUGACAGUUUUGACCAGUACAGAUUUGGGAAGAAAGUUGAGCAUGGUAAUAACAAGGUGAUAUUGCUUCUGGGGGCCACAGGUGCAGGAAAAACAACUCUGGUCAAUGUCAUGAUAAACUACAUUCUCGGGGUAAAGUGGGAAGAACGUUACCGCUUUAAGCUCAUCCAUGAGGUGACCAACAGGUCACAGGCUGAGAGCCAGACUGUGGUUGUGACAUCAUACGAGCUCUACAACCAGCCAGGCUUUCAGAUUCCUUAUUCUCUGACUAUCAUUGACACACCAGGGUUCGGAGACACCAGAGGAAUGGCUCAAGAUAAAUUGCUCACCCAGAUGUUGAAGGAUUUCUUGUGUCAUCCUUUAGGGAUUGAUCACAUUGAUGCAGUCUGCUUUGUAGUGCAGGCAUCACUUGUUCGUCUCAGUCCUCCCCAGAGAUACAUCUUUGAUUCCAUUCUGUCCAUCUUUGGAAAGGAUGUUGCUGAAAACAUCCUGAUGCUUGUGACAUUUGUUGAUGGGAAGCAAAUACCGGUGCUAGAAGCCAUAAAAGCUGCAAAUCUGCCCUGUAAGAAAGACAAGAAGGGGCUACCAACCCAUUUCAAAUUCAACAGUUCAUUUCUGUUCUCAAAAGAGACGGAGAGCAGCUCUGAAGAUGAUGAUACUGAUGAUGAUCAUAAGGCCCAGUGUCCAGAGCAAUGGAGGUCAACUUUCAAGGAGAUGAAGAAAUUUUUCCAAGCACUGGAAAGCAUUGAGAGUAAAGAUCUGACCCUGACAAAGAAAGUUCUGGAAGAACGUGAGCUUCUGGAGAAGACCAUGACACGCCUGACCCCUCAGAUCACAGCAGGUCUGUCAAAGCUAAGUGAGAUCAAACACUUCAAACAGUGUCUGGAGAACGAGGAAGAGAACAUGAUACAGAACCAAGAUUUUGAGACUGAGAUAAAUGUGCUGCAGGUGAAGAGAAGCAAAUUAUCCCAAGACUUUGCGACAAACUGCAAGAUAUGCAAUUUCACAUGUCACACCUGCUGCUUCCUCCCAAACGAGGAUGAAAUCAAAAGUUGUGCCGUGAUGGAUGAUGAUGGCAACUGUACCAUAUGUCCAGGAAAAUGCUCUUCCACUGACCACGACAGGGAAAAAGUCUUGUUGACAUAUGAAACAAAGACUGAGAAAAAGACUAUUCAAGGAAUGAAGGACAACUUCAUGAAGGCGUGGGGCAAGUCUAUGGAAACCAAGGAGAUGCUGGAUAAGCUUGAGGAUGAGUUUCAUAUGAUCAAGGAUGCGCUGAUGAAUUUGAUCAAGAAGUCUUCUGACUGUCUCAAGAGACUUAAUGAUGAUGCACUGAAGCCAAGCUCUCUCUCCACUAUGGAGUACACUGACAUACUCAUUCGCACAGAGGAGGACGAACGGAAGCCAGGCUUCGAGGAUCGGAUCGUAGAGUUGAAGAAAAUGAAGAAAGAGUCUUUGAUUCUGGAUAAGAUUGCAAAAGGAGAAGAUGUACUCCCAAAUGAGCGAGAAUUCCUUAAGGAAAAUAGCAUAGACGGCAGGGCGUUCCAACAAAUCAGUCAUGGAAUGUUGUCCUGCUAACAUUAUCUGGAAACCAAAAUUGGGUCUCUGUCACAUCCUGACCAGUAAAGGGGUUAUUUGUGAUUGUAGUUUGGUGUGGGUGUGGCAGGGUGUGUUUGUUUUGUGUAUGUUGCGAUUUUGGGUACAGUUUUAUGUCAUGUAUUUCUAUGUUUGUAUUUCUAGAAUUUCAAUUUCUAUGUUCGGGUUUUUGGUUUUUGCCUUCAGUUGGAGGCAGAUGUUCUUCGUUGCCUCUAAUUGGAGGCCAUAUUUAAGUAGGGGUUUUCAGCCUUGUGAUUUGUGGGUGGUUGUUUCCAUGUAUAGUCAGAGUACCUUACAGGACUGUUUUUCGUCGUUCUUUUGUUCAGUGUUAAUUUUUCUUCAAAUCUACAAGAAGAUGAUUCAUAUACCCGCUGCAUAUUGGUCCGAUUUCUCCUCUUCAGACGACGAAGUUUAUGACAGUCUCCAUUAGAACAUUAAGCUUCCCAAUGUUGUAGGAGCGUUUGCUGGGUAGAUCCAACUGAGAUGUGGGGCUGAUUUGGAUUUGUAUUAAAACUCUUAGCCUCGUGUAAAGCCUUAUGUUAAUUUGUCCACCCCAAGGUAACUUAACAAAAAUUAGGGCUUAGAUUAAAUCAGAACUGCA